UGUCCAGGCAGAAGCGGGAACAACAGCAGCGGUGGCGGCAACAGCAACAGCGCCAACUGCUGCAGCUGCAGCACCGCCACAUCCGCCAAGAGGCCGGGGCUGCUGAUGUGCCUCGGCAUGUGCAUGCUCGUCCUCGGCUACACCCUGCUUGGCGCGUUCGCCUUCAUGGCCCUCGAGGGAGGCUUCAAAUCGGAUUCGUCUACCGAGGUCACGUCCUCGAAACCCGACGAGAGUGCUGCCUAUGUGCUGCCGAAUCUGGAGAACGACUCCGCCACGAUGGAAUUAAGGGCGCGCACGGUCGAGAAGCUCUGGAGCAUCACCGAGGAUCUGAACGUUCUCUACAAGGAGAACUGGACUCGCUUGGCGGCCCGAGAAGUCCUUGAAUUCCAGGAGAAUCUGGCCCGCGGUCUCAAUCUCAAGCGCACCUCAUCGUACGACCAGGUGCCGCCGAUGCCGCCACGGUCUCAUCACGCGGACAGACGGCCGCACAGUCGACGAUGGACCUUCAGCGGUAGCCUACUGUACUCCCUGACGCUUAUCACGACCAUAGGAUACGGUAGUGUAACACCGCGCACGGUCUGGGGCCGGCUGAUUACGAUAGUCUACGCACUGGCGGGGAUUCCGCUGCUGUUGGUCUACCUGAGCACGGUGGGCGAAGUGUUCGCGCGGAACUUCCGCCGUUUGUACGGACGUAUGUGCAGGCGACCGCGCGACUACACGCGGAACCAGCAGCCGCCACCGCCGCCGCCGCCGCCGGGCAAGGCGUAUCGCUACGACAACCACGUAGAAGCCACCAAGACGACCGGCAAUUACUACUCGGCGAGUAGAGAAAGCUCCUGCGACGAUCUGGGCAAUCGCGGCACCGCCAGCGCGAUCCUGCUCGACUGCGGCAGCGAAGGCCUCCUGCACGCUACCACCAGCUCGACGGCUGCGCUUCAGGAUGUAACGGGUAACGGCCAGCGGCACUUCCACUCGUGCUCGCUGUCCCUGUCGUCGAUCUCGUCGCCGGCGAACAUCCUGGAAGCCAACCGGGUCCGGGUGCCGAUCAGCCUGUGCCUGGCGAUCAUGCUGGUGUACAUAUGCGGCGGCGCGAUCAUGUUCAACCGUCUGGAGGGCUGGAACCUGAUCGAGAGCGGCUACUUCUGCUUCACCGGCCUCGUCACGAUCGGCUUCGGCGACCUGAUACCGAUGGGCCGCAACGCGCCUACGGCGAUCCUGGAGGAGCUCAGCCUGUGCGCCUGCUCGCUCUACAUCCUCGCCGGGAUGGGCCUGAUCGCCAUGUGCUUCAACCUCGUCCAGGAGGAGGUGGUACGCGUGGUCAGGGCCUUCCGUAGAACCUGCGACAUGUCGUCGGGCGUGAUGGUCGGACCUAUCGGUGGUACAGGAGUCGCGACCCCUGGUCUCAGUGCCGACGACGACGGCGCCGGCACCAGCGACUCGCGGCUGUCCGAGCAGGAGGAGGAGGAGGCGAUCGCCAUGUCAAUGGUGCCGGCCGGCUCCUGACAGCACCAGGCCAGGAGCCCC